AUGGAGAGCAUUGCCCGCAAUGAUUCACCACCCAAGUUUUGUAUUAUGGUGUACAAUCCCGGGCGAUGGAUCUUGAAGGCAAAUGUGCUCUCCACUGCAACAGUUAACGACAUUUUGCAGUUAAUUCCAGAUCGAAUUGUCAAGUUCGUUCACAACGGGAUAGAACUAACUGAUAGUUUCUCACUAAGCAUGUAUGGUGUGAAAGAAGGUGAUGUGAUUUUUGUUCUUCCCGAAACGAAAAAUGGCGCAUCUUACACAGAGAAGUGGGCAAGUCUUACAAAAGACAGAGAUUUGUUCCACGACCGCGUUUGCUCUCUGAUAGAUCCGGAGACAGCUAUGGAAGCUGCUCGGAUCCGUGAUUUGCAAAUGCUAAGAAUGGAGAGAAAACCUAAGGUAUUCCGUAAGAUAUCAUCUGUAUAUAAGAGUGAUGCUCCUACGAAGCAGAAAUCGAAAGCGCCGGUAAAUGCUGUUGAACCGCCAAAAUUAAACAAACCGUCAGCGGCGCCUCUUCCCACAUUCUGGGCAACAAGCUUACCAGUCUAUACAAAACCUUCGGAAACCAUUCCCUCUCCAUCAUUAUUAUCGCAGGAAAACAAAGAGGACGUUCGAUGUCCUGAAUUGCGAGACGAAUUUUAA